CCUCCUGGUCCUCACUGUUCUUUCCCAUCGCCCUUUGGCUUUCUGUGUGCUUUGCUGCUGCCACCAGUGCUCUCUGGCCUUCUCCCGCCAGUCCUUUCUGACUUGACACGGUCCUCGGUGUCAAGUCCCAAGUCCCAAGUCCAAGUCCACGUCCCUUCCCCCCCCAAUCCGCCCAGGUCUCUUCCAUGUCCGCCGCCCUUCUCUUCCUCGCACACCACCCUUCACACCUCGCAUGUUUGCUCUCCCCCUUCUUUUCUGUGCACACCUCCCAGAACCCACACACACUCCACGCCUCUCCCUCCCCCCAAUCCCAUUAUCGACACCCCCAGACCACAUUCAAGGGUUCGUUUGUUGCAUCCUUUUGAGCAUCUCUGGGAUUCGGGUUACGAUAGCGGAGGCUCAACGACUUUGAGCCAACGACUCCGACGUCCAAAGUCGAAAACUCCACGCGACUGUCCACCCGUUGAUUCUGACGAUACCCUCGCCAGACACGUUCUCCCCCGAAGCCUCGCCUCGCCUCGGCGGGUGAACGACUCCCCCCUCACCCUCACACACACGCACACGUCCGACCUCACGCUCCUUCUUUUUCGCCCUCCUCGCCUCCCUCCCUCAUCUCCAUCCAAGGUGUCGACCACCCUUCCCUCGGCACACAAUGUCGAGUCUGGGGCAGUCGGGAAAUAGCCAUCCAGGCCUCGCCUUUCCCCAGCCAGGUAGCCUUCGACGAAGUCACGGCGGCCCAGGCGGCUUCCCGCCCCUGCAACACGCGAAUCCUGCCCAAAAGCCAUCGCCAGGCCCUCAUAACGCGUCCCCUUAUCAACAACAAGCAUACACGCCUCAGCAGCCGCCCCAGGCUCAAUAUCCUCAUCACCUCUUCCAGACACCGACGCCCGUCAAUGGCAACGUCAACGGAGCCUCGCGUCCCCCGAGCCACGUCCCCAAUGCCGCCGCCCUGGGAGCACGCCAGAGGGGGCCGCCCCAGAGGCAGCAGAUGGGCCAAGGCGGCCCCAAUCUGUUCCUCCCUCUAGGCAACCAACAUGGCCUCGGUCAGCAACAAGGACUCGGUCAACAACAGAGCUUGGGUCAACAGCAGGGCCUGGGAGGUCAACAAAACCUCAGCCAUCAACAGGCCCUUGGUCAGCAGCAAGGCUUGGGACAACAUCAAGGCCUCGGUCAGCAGUCUGCCCUCAGCCAGCAAGGCCUCGGCCAGCAGCAGGGCUUGAGCCAUCAGCAAAGCCUGGGUCAACAGCAGGGACUCGGCCAGCAGCAAGGUCUGGGUCAGCAUAAUCAACAUCAGCAGCACCAGCAGCAGCACCAGGCACAUCAACAACACCAACAGCACCAGCAGCAACAUCACCAGCAACAACAUCAACAGCACCAACAGAGCCUGAGUCAACAGCAGACCCUAGCGCAGCAGCAACAGCAACACCAGCAGACUCUUAGCCAGCAACAAAAGCUGAGCCAGCAGCACAGUCUCCAUCAGCAGCAACAGCAGCAGCAGCAGCAGCAACAACAGCAACAACAGGCGCAACAACAAGCCCAGCAGCAGGCUCAGCAACAAGCCCAACAGCAGGCUCAACAGCAGGCUCAGCAGCAAGCUCAGCAACAAGCCCAGCAACAGGCUCAGCAGCAGGCUCAACAACAGCAGGCUCAGCAGCAGCAGCAGCAGAUCAAGUCUGAGCCGAUCGUGCCGCAGCAUACCCCUCAAGCCCAGACUCUAUCACAGCCCACGCCUCCCACAGUUCAACAGCAGCUGCCGCAGGUUACCCAGGUCCAGCAGGUGCCUCAGCAAGUGCAGCAAGUUCAACAGGCCCAACAAGUCCCCCAGGCUUCUCCAGUCCAGCAGCAGGUUCAGCAGCCUGCCCAGGCCCGACCCGAGACGCCUGCCCAGGCUAGCGAUCACCAUGGGGAGAGUAUGGAGGUUGAUGCAUCCCUAGCCGAGGGUGAUGAUUCCCUUGAGCCAAAGAUGAUUGAUGGGGCGCCAUUCGUUCCUCGGACGCCAAUGGGAGAGAUGAUGUCUGCUCCUCCCGAGGGAGGCAGCUUCCCAACCUUGGAGGCGGUGCAUAAGAGCGUUCUCGCAUACUGCACGUCAGUCGGUUACGCAAUUGUCAUUGGCCGCUCCAAGAAGACAGUUCCUGGGCUCAAAAAGGUUCUGUUCGUGUGUGACCGGGCAGGCAAGCCUCCGAGUCGCGUCAGCCCCGAAUUCCGCAAGCGCAAGACGUCAUCGCGUAAAUGCGACUGCCAAUUCGGCUUCUUUGCCAUCGAGCAGCGUACCCAGUGGACGAUUCGAUACCGACCGGAUCCUCAGCAUCUGCAACACAACCACGGCCCUAGCGAAAGCCCGCUCCUCCACCCAGCAGCUCGCAAGCUAGACAGCAAGAUGGUGGCCGCCGUCAAAGCUCUCAAGGAGAAUGGGGUUAGUGUGAACGAGACACUGGAGAUACUGCAAGGCGAAAAUCCUCACGUUCCCCUCCUCCCUCGCGACAUCUACAAUGCCAGAGCGGCAAUCAAUCGCAACCCGCAAAAGGUGGCUACGGGAUUGGCAGAGAACAGACCGGCUAUAUAUAGCAAACCACACCCCACGGCAGAAGAGAGGAUUCGGGCAGAUCUCCGAAAGGAACUCGCCAAGGCACGCGAGGAUUUUGACAAGUACAAGGAGGACAAACAAAAAGAGGUGGACGAGUUGAAGAAGAAGCUGGUGGAAAAGGACCAGAUCAUUGAAAGGUUUGAAAUGUUUAUCGACAUUUGCAAUCAACGGGUCAUGGUUCAACGGGAGAGGCUCGGCGGCCCAGAAGGGUCUGGCAACAACGGCACGUAGCGUACGGCCGUGGACGGACAGGAUUCGGCAGAGGGUAUCCUUGCAUGACGGAUCGGGAUCGGGGAACUGGUUUGAGAAGGGGCUUGUACGAUGCUUUCCUUUCUGCGUCGCGGAAGCAUGGCCGUCGGUAUGCCGAAAGUGCAAGGCAGGAUGGAAACAGGUGUUUGAACGGGGCGGAGUCGAUUAUUGGUUGUGUUCUGAGGUCGGUCCCAUUAGAGGCUGGGGUCAUCAGGCAGUUUUUUGUCCUUUGUUAUUUUCUUUCUGUUUAUCUGGAAGUCCGGGGUUGCAUUGGGUGGGAUUCAACCAGCAAACUAUCGCGAACAUGACUGAAGCAAGCAUUCGACUUUUGACCAUGUUACUUGAUGCAACUUUACGUGACAUUGACAGGCUGCGGGAAAUCGCGUCGGGAACGUCAAAUAUUUGUAAAGACGGAGACUACAGUGUGAUACUCCGAAGACCAUACGGAUAUGUGAAAGCCAGCUUGACCGCGGCAAGUAGCAAUCAGAAGGGAAC